CUCGUUAAGUAGCCGGCGUUUGGUGAUUUCCCCUUAAACGGCAAGCAUUAUUGUUGUCCAUUGUACAUAUUCGGGGAAUAAUUAAAUAGUUUCGUGUAUUUAGAUUCACUUAUAGUUUGUGAAACGAACAACGUUCCAUAAACAACACAGUGGUUUCUCUAUAGCCGUGUAUAGUUUCGGGAUAUUUUUACGAUUGACAUUCUUUACACGACGCAUUAAUAAUUGUCGAAGUACGAAGAAAUGCUACAAAACUUCUGCAAUAAAAAUGACAUCGAAUGGAUAGAUAUUUCCACGACUGGAAAUAUCGGAUAAAACGAAAUAUGUAAAAAAUUAAAAUUCAAUGAGCAUCAUCUCACGUGUGAUACGUCUGGAUUAUCAUCCGUGAUAUUUACAUUUGAGUGAAAACUAAUUGUCUUUUAAUGGUAUAACUACGCUGGAAUUAUGAGUGUCGAUAGUGAAAACAAAUCGAACGAAGCUAUUGUUCCGUUUACACCAUCAACAAAUCAGGAGAGUGCCGACAAUGGAAAUAUCGAAGGAAGUCCUAUAACCCCAGAAAUAGUGUUGCGUUUGCCUACGAUUACUGACAAAUAUUUGUGUUCUCCGGAGGCUAAUAUUUACGAUAUUGAUUUUACAAGAUUCCAAAUUAGAGAUCUAGAUACAGGAGCAAUAUUGUUCGAAAUAACCAAACCACCAGCUGUUGAAUGCGAUCACCAUCAAGAAGUUGAACCGGAUUGCGAAGAAUCUGGUUGCGAGGAUACAAAUACUGGUCGAUUUGUACGUUAUCAAUUUACACCUCAAUUUCUUAAACUGAAGACUGUCGGGGCUACAGUCGAGUUUCUCGUGGGCUCUAAACCAGUGAAUAACUUUCGAAUGAUCGAACGUCACUUCUUUCGGGACAGAUUGUUAAAAACCUUUGACUUUCAAUUCGGAUUUUGUAUACCGAACAGCAAGAACACCUGUGAACACAUUUACGAGUUUCCUACUCUGCCAGCCGAUUUGGUUUCUGAAAUGAUUGCAAAUCCAUUUGAAACACGCUCGGAUUCGUUUUAUUUUGUGGACAAUCAAUUGGUAAUGCACAAUAAAGCAGAUUAUGCAUACAAUGGUGGACAUACACAUGAUGUACUUUAGUAUGUGGUUUGUUAAAUUAUAUGAACAGAAAUUAGUAAAGAAUUUGCACUUUGCAAAAAUGAUUGUGAUAAUAUUAGCACGCAUUUAACUAAUUUUAAAUUAUAAUUUUAUUUAAUUUUGCACAAAGUUGCAACUAUAAAU